AUGGGCCUCACCACGAGUCUGGGGCCUGGAGGAAGAGCGAGCCGCCUGGUCUGUGGUUUUGGCGUGGGGCAGCUGUGGGGUCUGGAAGGCCUGCUGGUGGCGGGGCUGUCACCUCUGCUCUCCCCAAAGAAGUAUGAAGACCAGCUGAUCAGCCCAAAGCAGUUUGUGCAUCUAUCUGGAAAGGCCACUCUGAAGGACUGGAAGAGAGCUAUCAGGAUGGGAGGAGUCAUGCUGAGGAAGAUGAUGGAUUCAGGUCAACUAGACUUCUAUCAGCACAGCACCCUGUGUACCAACACAUGCCGCAGCACCAAGUUUGACCUGCUGAUCAACAACACUCGCUUCCCUCCGGAUAGUACCGGCCUCACCACGCCCACGUCCUCUCAGGUUCAGGCGGUGCUGGGUAACGGCGGCUCGCUGAGCGAGGAACGCAGCGACGUCCUAAACAGGAAGCUGGACUGGAGCUCCAUGGACUCUGCGGAGAAGAAAGGAUCCAGUGAGAUCUCAGAGGAUACGCUGAACUUCUGGAAGGGCAUCGCUGAUGUGGGCUUACUGGGAGAAGUGGUGACCAACAUCAACACAGAGCUGGUGCAGAUGCUGGAUGGCGUCCUGCAGCGCAGAGAGCAGGCCGUCCUACAGGACACAGAUUCCUGUCUGGUAGAGGUGGCCGUGCUCAGUAACCUGGCCCAGGUCUUCGGCCUGCUGGACUUGGUGAAGAAGGUUCUGGAGAAGAGGAAGCAGCAGACGGAUCCCAGCCAGGAGCAGAUCCUCAGCAUCCUGAGCAGUAACUGUCGUCUGUCGCCUGCAGUUCAGGCGGUGCUGGGUAACGGCGGCUCGCUGAGCGAGGAACGCAGCGACGUCCUAAACAGGAAGCUGGACUGGAGCUCCAUGGACUCUGCGGAGAAGAAAGGAUCCAGUGAGAUCUCAGAGGAUACGCUGAACUUCUGGAAGGGCAUCGCUGAUGUGGGCUUACUGGGAGAAGUGGUGACCAACAUCAACACAGAGCUGGUGCAGAUGCUGGAUGGCGUCCUGCAGCGCAGAGAGCAGGCCGUCCUACAGGACACAGAGGUGGCCGUGCUCAGUAACCUGGCCCAGGUCUUCGGCCUGCUGGACUUGGUGAAGAAGGUUCUGGAGAAGAGGAAGCAGCAGACGGAUCCCAGCCAGGAGCAGAUCCUCAGCAUCCUGAGCAAUCUGGAAGCUCAGCUGGAGGAACAGAAAAAGCAGCAGCAGGUUCGAGCCCUGCUCUCCUCCCCUCAGACAGCCAAAAACAAACCCGCCACCAAGCGGCCAACCAAGCGGCCCCGCCUCCAGAGGCCCGCCUCCACAACCACCCUGCUGACGUCGCCCGUCAGCCAACAGGCCGCCCUGCAGCCCCAGCAGUUCACCGUCCUGUCCCCCAUCUCGCUGUCCUCUGUGGGGCAGCCGUUCACCGUGGCUGGGCUGCCCAUCGCCUCCUUAGCCCAGUCCUCCAGCACCGUCACCCUGCUGCCCGCCGGCUCCCAGAUCUUCACCCGCUACAUGGUUGCUGGAGAUGGAAAGAGCGACGCCAUCACUCUGCACCCGUCAUCCGGCCUCACGCUGGUGGGCACCACUGCUGUUCAGGACUCCAGCCAGCUAGGUACGGUGGUCAGCCCGGUGGAGCUGCUCCAUCUCAGCCAGCAUGCCGCCGGUGCAGAGAUGGUGCCAAUCGAGGGCCAGGUAGUGGAUGGAACCAUGCUGGUGCAGCAGGAGGUGCUCCAGGGGGAGCUAGAGUCCAACCAGGAGCACACGGUUAUCGAGAUCAACCCCAGCCCUGUAGAGCAGACGGUGGGCAUGAUGGAGCUGCAGCUGGCCGAGGAGCCCGGCCGGGACGCCACCGCCAUGGUGGUCCAGAGCGGGAUCGAGGUUACCAUGGCGACAGAGGACUCACAGUGCCAAAUGCAAGAGGCUCAGACUGAGGGGGUUCAGGGGCUGCAGCUGGAUGCUAACGGACAGUUAUCAGGCGUGCAAAUCGUGGUGAUCGAGGAAAAUACUCAGGAAGAGAAGAAGGCGGAAUAAAGCUAGCGGCGUUUUCUGCAGAAACAGGAAGCUGAACGUUUCUGCUCCGCCUCCUCUGGAUCUGUCUGGUUCAUACUGGUUUGGUUGUUUUUCUUCUGCCUUUGGUCAAACAAAAAACAUCUAACAGGUUGUUGAGUCCUCAGAAAGUCUUGGCCAGAGAGAAGCCUCAGUGGGUGAGAGUCAUUGCUGUGCAGGAAACCCAGGAAGCAGGGAUGUAAUAACAAGCAGCCUUUGGUAGACAUGUAUAUAGAAGAGGUGCUUCAUGUAGAGCAGGAGGACAGAGUAACAUCUGGCAGGAGGAACCUGACUGGGACACCCAGGAUUAACAAUAACCUUUGGCCUGUCAGGAUCACACCACCCUGCUGGUCACUGGAUGCCUGACCCCCUACUGGUUCCAUCCCAGCACAGAUCCGCAUGCCAGGCUAUUCCCUCUGGUUGCCUCAUUAAAUCUGUUCAUCAAUAACUUCAAGUUCUGCAUCUGAAUUCUUGCAGAUUUAUCACUGAUUGGAUUAAAAAGAUCACUGAUGUGUCUGAAGUUAGCAGCGUUUUUCCUUCCAGACCCUUUGAUCCAAUAAGCUGUGGAUUCAGGAUGUUGCUCUGCUCGCCGUUGGCCUCUUUAGCUGUUGCUGUUGAUGAGCCGCCUGUGGUGUUUCCAGUCCGGUUCAGCUCCUCAGGGACUGGUUCAGAAUGUGGCCCAGCUUUGCCUCACCUUCUCAACCUCAUUUUUUCUCAUGUUAUUGGAUUUUCUGAGCUCUCUGGCCGACUGUUAGCUUAGAAACUAAAACACAUCCCUGAUGUUCAACUGCCUGUAAAUGACUGAUAUAUUUAUUAGUUUGGAAAGCGUAGAGGUCUGGCCUUUUUGAUGUGCAAAUAUGGAGGAAUUAAUUUAAGUUCUUUGAUACAGUGUGCACCAACAGAUACCUGUUCAAUCAUUUAAUUUAAAAAAGAGCGUUUAAAUACUGAAUUUGUAAUGUGUUUUAAUAUCCGAUUAAAGGAGAGAAAGAAGCUAAAGGUGCUGUUUUUAUGUCCCACCACCAGGAGGCACUGUGUUCAGGGCCAGACUGAGAAAAGGCAUCUCCUUCAUGGGUUUUAUCUAUGGAGAGAUAUUUGUGCCAUCGGUUUGAGCGCGC